CUCUGGCUUCAGACAGAGAGCGAGGUUAGAGCCCUCACAUCACUGACAGGAUUUUUUAAAGAUCGCUUUGACAGAGCACCAUUUGCCAACGGGUGCAUCUGCUGCAAUCAUGAUUAAGAAAAUGUCACCGCCCGAAAACGAGUUCGACAUCCCGGCCAAGAAUUGCCAUCGGAUGGUGAUUCUGGGCUCCACAAAAGUUGGGAAGACAGCCAUAAUUUCUCGGUUUCUCAACGAGAGGUUUGAUGACCAGUACACGCCUACUAUCGAGGACUUUCACAGGAAAUUCUACAGUAUCAAGGGAGACGUUUACCAGCUGGACAUUCUGGACACAUCUGGGAACCAUCCCUUCCCAGCAAUGAGGAGGCUUUCAAUUCUUACUGGUGAUGUGUUCAUCUUGGUUUUCAGUCUCGAUAACCGAGACUCCUUCCAAGAGGUGCAGCGCCUGAAGCGCCAGAUAUACGAGACCAAGUCCUGCCUGCGAAACAAAACCAAGGAGAACGUGGACGUCCCGCUGGUCAUCUGCGGCAACAAGUGUGACAGGGACUUUUACCGUGAGGUGCAAGAGGAUGAGAUUGAGCAGCUGGUUGGCGGGGACGAACAUUGCGCAUACUUUGAAAUCUCAGCAAAGAAAAACACCAACGUAGACCAAAUGUUUCAGACUCUCUUCACCAUGGCCAAGCUGCCAAACGAAAUGAGCCCCGACCGACACUGCAAAGUUUCCCUCCAGUACUGCGAGGUUCUCCACAGGAAGUCGUUCAGAAACAAGAAGUGCAAGGACGGGAAUGCAUAUGGAAUAGUGGCGCCGUUUGCACGAAGACCAAGCGUGCACAGUGACUUGAUGUACAUAAAGGAGAAAGCUGUAGGCGGCAGCCAGGCCAAAGAGAAAGGCUGCAUCAUAUGCUGACAGUUCAUUUGCCAGUUUGUGAAAGACUUUUCUGUGAGGGUUAGGAGCCGUGGUGGAUAGCCAGUUUACUGACAAGGAAUAUGUAAGCCCAUAAACUGACACAGUGGUGCAGCCUAGGCUGAGACUUGUGAACUAGCUCGGCUCAUAAAUCUCUGUGUAGUGCAGUAGAAGCUCUGAAAAUGCUGUAAAUCUGUCUCUAUUUUAGCUUUCUAAGAGCAGCAUUUGAGGAAAAAAGAAACAUGUUUACACUUCACUGUGCUUUUUCAACCAUGGUGAAACUUGAUUGUUGCAUUAUGAUCAAAUUUAAUGCUAAAUGUGUAUUUAUUGUCUACCCUGACUUUUGCAUAUGAAAGAAAAUAAAACUUGUUACUUUUAUAGUCUGCCUCCCCCUUCUUUUUCAUUUCAAGCAAAUCUCAAAGAAGUUGCAUUAAACACAACACGGCUUCACACUCUUCCCGGAUUUCGGCUUCCCUUAACUGGAAAAAUGUUCUCCAUCUAUUAAAAUGCGGAACUUGUUACAUCAUCCUGUCACGUCACAAACAUGCAGAUUAAAACUGCAAGAAGCCCUUAAGAAGCUCACCAUGGUUCAUAGUCUGUUUUUAUCUAUUCCGAAUAACCUUAAAGGGCGAAGCUUAUAUAAAAUACAAUUUAUUACAAAGUAUCAAUAUCAUGGGAUUCAAAAAAGUGAAAAUCCCAAUUUAAUACAAAUAUCAUAUAAACAAAUUUGCACUGUGAUAACACAAAUAACAAAGACAAGUUCAAAAACAUGUUGCAGUCCGACACAAUUGAAGAAAAGACGGUUAUUAUUUCAAUGUCCAUCCGGUGUUCCUGAAUCACGCCACCUCCACUCGCUUCCUCCAUACUGCGUGCAUACAAAGUCUUUUAGUAUCAUGAUGCUUUGGGCACAUCAAACAUGCAGAGACUUUUAUAUUUCUGCAGCAGCUGGUUCUUCGUGCGGACCUGUUCCCGCAGCGUGGCCAGCUGCUGCUGCUGCUCCA